AAACCCGACCUAGAUUUUAAUUAAAUAACAUGAAAAUCCUAUAGCACGAGAAAAAUGGAAUAAAUUGCCCCAUGAGAAUUAUUGGUCAUGUUGACAUACUAAUACUAUGCCAACCUCCUAAAUUUGAGGCUAAACAAACCAUUACAUCACCCCCCACAAUUCCUUGGAUUUUGGAAGAUUUGCUGUCUGAAAGAUAGAGAUGAAGAAAUAAGGGGGAAAAAAUUCAUAGGAUUGUGUAAAAUCUGGGGCAAGAUUAAUUGAUUGUAUUGUAUGAUUAGCAGGGGAAGCUGGUAAUAAUAAGAUCAUACAUCUUAAUCUUCCCUUCUUCUGCAUUGCCCACCAACUGUUUGAUAAAAUUCCCCUGUGAAAAAAAUUCUAUCAAAUAAGUAUGAUUUUGAUGAUGGGUGUUAGAUUAUAGCCAUGGAUGACCAAAUACAGAUCCUUAGUAGGCGUAAUAGCAUGACUCCUGAUGGGGGUUCUUCUUGGAAUUAUGGGUCUCAAUCUAUGCAUUCGACGCGCUCCUCGAAACCUGAGAGGCUCUAUAAAGUUUGGCCUGGGAACAAUAAAUUUCUUUGUGGUGGGAGAUUGGUACUAGGUCCUGAUGCGGGAUCCUUGUAUUUAUCAUCAUUUUUGAUAGGAUUUCCAGCUAUUACUUUCUGUAUAAGGAUGCUCGUUAGGAUCAAAGAACAUGAUCCACUAUAUGGAUAUGGGGUGCUCACCACAGGUGUCAUUCUCACUUUUAUGGAUUUGUUGUUCCUCUACAUGACAUCUGUUCGAGAUCCAGGAAUAAUACCAAGAAACCAUAGACCAAUUGAAGAUGAAGGUUCAGGUUCUUCAUCAAGGGAAUUGGUAGCAACUGGCAAGUCUGGUAUUCUUAGGAUUCCUCGCACUAAGGAUGUGACGAUUAAUGGCUACACAGUUAAAGUCAAGUUUUGUGAUACUUGUAGGCUUUACCGCCCACCCCGUGCUUCUCAUUGCUCAAUAUGCAACAAUUGUGUGCAGAGAUUUGAUCAUCAUUGUCCAUGGGUGGGUCAGUGUAUUGGACUACGUAAUUACCGUUUCUUCAUCUUCUUCAUAUCUUCAUCAACAUUCUUAUGUAUAUACGUCUUUACAUUUUCAUUGAUCAAUCUUCUUCGAAGAAGGAAAAGCCUCGUGCAUUCAAUGUCUCGUGAUGUUGUUUCAGUCAUUCUAGUCGUUUAUUGUUUUGUAGCUGUCUGGUUUGUUGGUGGACUUACCCUCUUUCACUUCUACUUGAUGUCAACUAACCAGACAACUUAUGAGAACUUCCGGUAUCGGUAUGACAAGGGAAAAAACCCCCAUAAUUUUGGUGUGGUCAAGAAUAUUAAACAAGUCCUAUUCACCAAAACGCCACCUUCAGCUAUCAAUUUCAGAGAGUUGGUGAUCGUAGAAGACGUAGUUUUACCUAUGACUCCAAGUGACAAUGAAAGCUAUACUGGAUUCGGGAAAAUUUCAGAUCAGGAUAUGACACAAAGGCUAACGCAAAGUGGACGUUGGGUGCUUCAAAGUAAUUUUCAGAACUUUAAUCAUGAAGAUAGUGAUGAAAAGUUGAAGAAGAAAGUAGGUAACCAAGACACUUCAACUGAUCAGUUUCUAUUGGCCCCAGGACAAGCUUCUGCACCUCAAGGAUAUCAAGCCACAUCUCGAGAUGCUGCUGACAUGGCAAAGAAAUCUGAGAAUGUUGAUGUUAGUUAAGGCUGCCAUGUGCAUACCCUGAUUGUGAAGUUACAGGUUGAAGCAGGUAAUCACAACUUCAUGGUUAAAUCAAGUGAGAUUUAUUCUCAUACAUGGACCUCUAAUGGAAUCAGGCUCAUGAAUCGUUGUAUAUUGAUGUACAUAAUCGAUCAUGAGGGGAUUUUUCGUGAUUUAGACAACGAAGGAAAAGACUGAAGUAUCUAUCAUGUACCUAUAAGGAGAAAGAGUGUAAAAUUCUGUGUUCUGGUGGCACCAAAUGUGUAUUUAUGUAAAAAUUUACAGUGAAAUGAGGUGUAUCAUUUUGUAAAAUAUCAGCAGUUUUACAUUUACGAGUUUCUUUCUUUUUUCUUUUA